AUGCCAAAACCAAGUGUUAGAGGAGGUUCAGAGUUGCCUCUGAGACAAUCUCCGAGGCUGAGGUUAUCAUCAUCAUCGUCUAUUUCCUCUGAUCCGAGUCAUCUCAAGCGUCCGAUUACAGACCGUAGGAGUGGUGGACCUCACACGGAUCCUUUGACUCAGAAGAAGCUUGGAGGUCGAAUCUCUGGCUUGGAGUUACAGUUAGGACAAGCUCAAGAAGAGCUGAGGUUGCUCAAAGAGCAGUUGGCUAAAGCCGAGGCUGCGAAGAAACGUGCUCAAGAAGAGCUUCGUAAGAAGAAAACUAGGAAACCAAAGCAGCUUCCUUGUGUUGGAAAUGAGAGAGAUGAUGUUCCUGGAGAUAGACAUGGAGAGACUGAUGUUUUCGAGGUGGUUCGUCAUGUUGAGAAAGGCGAGAAGAUGAAGAAGAACGAUGAAUUGGCUUUAAAGGAAGAUCAAAUCAAUGUAUUGAAAGCUAGACUAUACGACAUGGAGAAAGAGAAGGUAUCACUUGGUAAUGAAAACGAGAGCUUGAAGAAUCAGUUGAAGAAGACGGAUAUGGAAAUGUCUAGCGCAAAGGCGAAAGAGGAUGAGAUAGUUUUUAAGGUGAAUCAGAUUGAGGAAGAACUAGAAGAAAGCAAUGAGGAAACCGCGAAGCUAAAGAAGAAGCUUGAAUCAAUGGAAGAAGCAAAAGAGAGUCUAGAAGCAGAGAUGAGGAAGAUGAAAGUUCAAACUGAGCAAUGGAGGAAAGCAGCAGAUGCUGCAGCUGCUGUUUUAUCUGGAGGGGUUGAUAUGAAUGGUUUGUUCUCAGAGCGGUGCGGGUCGAUAGAGAAGCAUUUUGCAGGCCGGUUUAUGGGAUCACCCGGAAUGGCUGAUGAUUCGGAUGAUGGGAAUGGGAAAAGGAAAGGUUCAGGUAUGAAGAUGUUUGGUGACCUGUGGAGGAAGAAAGGGCAGAAAUGA